GCAAGCAUUGCGGUGCGGUUUGGCUCGACCGCGAAAGCGGUUCGGUGCGGAUUGACCGCACCAAUGCCCACCCCUACCAACGAGUCUCAAAAGGAUUGGUGAUUUUCAAAGUAAUUUUCGAUUUUCAAAGGUUUACGAAUCAACUUAUUAUUUUUAGGAAAACAAUAUGUAAACUAAAAUAUUGGGUGCUGGAAAAGGAACGGUGGAAACUGAUAGCUCUGAAUGAACAAUGGCGACACUAUACGAAGAAAACUGAAACUACUUUCCCUGAACGUUUUUUCGCGUCGUUAAAUGCUCUUCAAGAAAAGGAAACUGCUACCGACGUUGAUGAUAUUACAUUACAUUCCCCCUCCACGAUCACAGCACAAAGAUUUCAUUCCUUCUCUUGGAAACACCCUGCCGCCGGUGCCAUGUGCUCCAAUUUACACCCCAAGAACUUGGACGACCACAGAUGGAUAAUCAACAUCCGGCGAUCCCUCGAGGAGCAAGAACACCUGGAAGACAUUGUCGACCUAGAAGACUCCGACGAUGAACUCACCGUUCGAAUCUUCAACGUCCCCAAACCCCUCCUCUCCACACAUCCUGACUCCUACACCCCUCAGCAAGUCGCCAUUGGACCUUACCACCACCACCGCCCGGAGUUGCACGAGGCAGCUCGCCACAAGCAUUCCUCGGCCAGGAGGCUACAACGACAGCUGCAGCCUCCUGUCAGGUUUCCACACAUUGUGGAGCGGCUGAUGAAACUCGGGGCCAGGAUUCGAGACUGCUACCAUAAGUACUUGGAUUUCAGUGACGAGACCCUGGCAUGGAUGAUGGCCAUCGACGGCUCCCUCUUGCUAGAGCUCCUUCGUGGACCACCUGAAACCCAGGAAAGGCUCACAACUGAAGAUCAUGAUGUCCAGCAUCACGGCAGAUCGGUAGGAUCGAUGUUGACUGUUGUGAAAUCGGGCCAAAACAGUGGGAUGAUCAGGGACGUUAUGAUGCUCGAGAAUCAGAUUCCGAUGAUCGUGUUACGUAAGAUCCUCGAAGUUCAACACGGGACGCAGGAGCUGGGAGAUGAGAAGCUUAGGGCAAUGUUGGUUGGUUUUUGCAGGGAGGUUUCACCUUUCAAGAUGAUGGAUGACUUCCGCGGGAUGGAAGUUUCAUGUUCUGCUCAUUUGCUAGAUUACUUGUACCAAACAAUUCUUCCAAAUCAGGUAGUAAAAGAAGAAACAGCUGCUGCAGAUCGAAUAAAGCAAGCAGAGGAUUCAUCAACAGAAUGCAACGACAACGAAAGAUCAAAUCGAGUUUUCCUCACAUCAGUUAAGAGAUUUACCUCCAAGCUAGACAAAGAUCAUAUCAAGAGACUUCUGCUAUCGAGACCAGUAAAAUUCGUUCUCAGGUUGCCAUUCACAAUCCUCACCAAUCUCCUCCCUGGUUUUGCCAUCCUUAGACACCCCGUCGAGUAUUUCAUCUUCUCGUCACCACCCCACGACGGCAGACCAGGGCCAAGCAACUCAAACAACAACUUCUAUCGACCUCCACUGCUAGAAGAAAUCACCAUCCCAUCAGUUACAGAGCUCGUAAGCUCCGGGGUACAUAUUGUCCCAACCGUGAGCAGUAUCUCGAGCAUUAGCUUCGACACCAAGUCAUCGAAGCUGCAUCUGCCGAUAGUUAGCUUGGAUGUUAAUACAGAAGUCGUGCUGAGGAACCUGGUGGCAUACGAGGCCUCGAAUGCAUCAGUGGGCCCACUGGUUUUCACACGAUACACGGAACUGAUGAAUGGGAUCAUUGACACUGGGGAGGAUGUGAAGCUGCUGAGGGAGAGGGGCGUGGUUUUGAAUCACUUGAAGAGUGAUGAUGAGGCAGCAGAUUUGUGGAAUGGGAUGAGCAAGUCGAUUAGGCUGACCAGAGUGGCUUUUCUAGAUGACGUGAUUGCAGAAGUGAACUUGUAUUAUAAUGGACGAUGGAAGGUGAGGAUUGGGAGAUUUAUGGGGCAAUAUGUGUUUGCUUCUUGGCAGUCGCUGACACUUUUGGCUGCAGUCUUGAUCUUGGUUUUGAUGGCAUUCCAAGUAUUCUGCUCAGUUUAUAACUGGUAUCGUAUUCUUAGCAUCAGGAGGGCUACUUCGACAAUUCGAAGUUAACUUGCAUGUGAAGGUACUGACCAUGGCUGCUGUAGCAGCAUUGUAGUAGUACUACAAACAGACACGAUAUCAAGAAACCAGAAAACUCAAA